AUGAAACUCUCAUUCCCAAAGAACAUGCGGCCAACUUGUGUUGUUGGGCGAAUUAUUGACGAAUUAGUCUUGCCGAUGCGGCGACUGGGUGUCGAUCUUUGUGAAUAUGUUGCUCUCAAGGCGAUUUUGUUUUUCAAUCCAGUAGCCAGGGAUGUUUCUGAUCCAAAUUCGGUGGAAAAUGCUCGAAUAGCAUGUCUGCGUGCCAUAGAGAGAAGGUGCCAACGUGGAUCUUUGAUCACGUCAUCGGAAUGCCGGUCCGGACGAUUGCUACUACUACUUCCUUCUUUACAGGCUGUAGCACAGCAAAUGGUUGAGGACGUCCAGUUAGCACGGCUUUUCGGUCUUGCAAAUGUCGAUUCGUUGAUGGAGGAGCUUAUCCUGCAUGAUGAACGACCAGAUCGCGAUGUUCGCCAAAGUCUAGCAAGUCCAUGCCAGAUGAAUGAAUCAAUCACAGUCGAGAGUGCUACGGCAAGCCUAAAUGGCAUAGCAAAUCGGGUGUAG